AUGUACGUCGGAGACAAAGCAACCCUUUUGGAUGAUUCAACCCACCAGGCUGUGAUUCAAGAACGCAUUCGCUACUAUUUUAAUCAGUUGACCAUCGGUUGUGGAGAUGCUGCCUGCACAAACCAGAACUGCGCUUCUUCGGCCAACUUUGCUCAUCCAGGAAUUGAUAGCAAUCGUGCUGCUGCCUUGGCCCUCAGACUUCUCAGGGAUUCUGAACCAAUGUGUUUCUCGCAAUCUGCUUCAUCUACGGAUCCAGCACAGCCCCAAAAGGCUUCCAUAUCCAAAAUUAACCACGUCACUUCCUCUGAGGUUCGAACAAGUCAAAGUAGAGAUGCGGCAGUGAGCUCAGAUGACAAUCAAUGUUCGUCACAAUCCACCCCAACUGCUAUUUCACCUCCUUCUAACCAAACACAGGAGAUAAUGGAGGGCGAAGAGGUUGAGGAAGAUAAUAGACAUGAGUUGUUGGAAGAAUCCACACCGAAUUCAGCACACAAUGACAUCUCUCCGGGCUUGAGUCGCUUUCUCCUUCAGGUUUCUAACAGUCCACCUCCCUCUGCAAUGCAAACUCCUUUUCUCGAAAGCGCAGCCGCCGCAGCAGCAGAAAGCGGUGACGAUGCUGAAGCCACCCGCCUCAACCACCUCCUUGGGCUUCUGGAUCGCUUCGUUAAACAGAGCAACCGCAAGGGCGACGACGAGGCAAACGAUGCGCCCUCGUCGACGUGCAUCAUCGGCAAACGAGUUGAGGGUCUCAAGUUGACAGAGGUGCAGUCGUGUGUUGCGGAUUGUGAAGCCCAAGGCAACUGGACGCCAAUCAGACUGCUUAUUGAAGAGGUUUUCACCUCCUUGACUGCCCUUGCUAAUUCCUUCACCCGGGAGACUCCCAAACCUACUCGUAAGUUUGGAUUGGAUACGCCCCCGUUCCAGCCCUUUCUCAACGAUGAUUCUUAUCCUGCAUUGCCUGUGGACAUAGAGGAAGCCCGUGCCACCUACAAGCUCCUGCUUGAACGGCUUCCAAAAACCCUGGAAAUGGAAAGCACACUGUCUCACCUUCUUCGACGUCAGCUCAUCGUUACUCUGCGUCGAAUCUUUCGCAUCUACCCGUUUCCUUCAUCUUCAGGCACUAGCAGAGACGCCUAUCUUGCCCUCUUGGAGGAAACCAACCCAACUGUCGGUGGGGAAGCGGACAGAAUACAACAGCGCAUGGUCAACCUCUUUGCCACCAUUUAUGCUUGUCCACUGGUUACGGAUCCACUCCACUUUGAGCCGAUUUUGCCCCACCUCUGUCACCUGACGGCCUCCCUGCCGAUGGCUACGCAGGCGCGUCUCUGCCGCACCUGGGCGGAGUACGCCCGCGCGCAAAGAGCCGCGUCUCCCUCCACUCCCUGCUGGCUCCUGGAUCUUCACCGCAUCCUGAUGCAACAGAUAACAUUGCGUUGCCUGACCCUGGAACCAGCGGCAAACGAGCUGGACGAGGCGCCCGCCCCAAAUGACGACCACGUCAUCUGCGAUGUCGCACGUGUCAUCCGCGUGGUUUUUUACGCCUCACUACUGGCCGGCGGCUGCGACUCGCCUGAACAGCUGGAGCGCGAAGCCAACGAGAUGGAGGGGACUACGAAAGGACCCUCUAUAUCCUCUACGUCGUUCCGGUCUGAACGAACACCACUGCGUAAGGACCCACUGGGUACCAUCCUGGGAAUCUCUCCCAAUGACUGCCGUAAUCCCCUUAUCCCUCCAAGUGAAUUUCUCAACGAAACACUCAACGAGGUUCUCGUAGUGGAGAAGGAUUUCGCCAACUUCCGAUCGCACCGUUCCGGUUGGCCAGGAAAGCUCUCCUUCAUGGAGCUGCCCUUUAUGCUCCAGACGACAACGAAGAGCACCCAACUCUACUAUGACAACCGCUUGAACAUGCUGCAGGAGCGUCGCGGCGCCAUCCUCCACGCCCUGUUCGCCACCUCCACCUCGGACGCGGCCCUUGAAAUGCCCUACUUCAAAAUUUGUGUUGCUCGCGAACGUGUGGUCGAGGACGCCUUGGUCGCGCUCGAACUGACCCGGAUGGAGGCCGUGGGUGAUUUGAAGAAACAACUGUACGUCGAAUUCGACGGCGAACAGGGCAUCGACGAAGGUGGUCUCAGUAAGGAGUUCUUCCAACUCAUCAUCGAACGCAUUUUCAAUCCUGACUAUGGCAUGUUCGUAUUCGACGAGGAGUCACAAUGCUACUGGUUCAACCGAAGCCCGCUGGCAGAGGAGCUUGAUCGGGAAUAUUGCUUGAUUGGGACCAUUCUGGGUCUGGCCAUCUACAACAACAUCAUCCUUGACAUUCACUUUCCCGCUGUGCUCUUCCGCAAGUUGUGCGGAAAACUCGCCUCCAGUCUAGCGGACCUUGAAGACGCGUGGCCUGAUCUAGCACACGGUCUGCAGGCUCUGCUCGACUACGAGGGCGACAACUUCGAGGAGGACCACUGUCUCAACUUUGUGAUUUCCUACUCAGACAUGUUCGGGCAGGUGGUGACACAGGAGCUCGUCCCCGACGGCGCGUCCAAACCCGUGACUAUCGCAAAUCGCCAAGAGUUUGUGGACCGGACAGUGGACUUCUUGUUGAACACCUCUGUUAGAAAACAAUUUUCGGCUUUUCGAAAGGGUUUCCUGUCGGUCGUGGAGGACACACCGCUUUUCAGCCUCUUUUCACCAUCCGAAGUCGAGCUCUUGCUUCGUGGAAGUCAAGUAAGGGAAGUCAAAUUAAUUAUUUAUUCUCUAAUUAAUGAUCACCUUUCCACAGAGCGCGUCUCUACAUUCAACAGACCAGGCAACUUUGCCAAUCAAAGUUUACUCGCUAAAAUUGACGCCUCCGCUGGCGUCCUUUCGGCUAGAGCACGUUACCAAAUCUAUCAUAUGCUGAGGUUCUCAACAAAACCCCACCAACACUCCAUUCCACUAACGUACCCUUUUCCUCCACCGAAGGAAUACGACUUUGGAGAGUUGGAGCGUGUGACGGAGUACGAGGGCGACUACAACACGGAGACCCCGGUGAUCCGCCAGUUCUGGUCCAUUGUCCACGCGAUGUCGGAACAGGAGCAGCGCAAGUUGCUCCAGUUCACGACCGGCACCGACCGGAUACCCGUUGGGGGGAUGUCGCGUCUGAAAUUCGUCAUCGCUCGCCAGGGUCCCGACUCCGACAGACUGCCUACUGCCCACACUUGUUUCAAUGUUCUUUUACUGCCCGAGUACUCGAACAAGGAGAAAUUGGAGCGUUGUCUGCGAAUCGCCAUCACCUACUCGAAGGGCUUUGGCAUGUUUUGA